AUGUUCGCAAGAUUUCUGGACGGCUUUUUCAGCUCAAUUGGAGUCGCAAAAACGUUUUCCAUAAUUGGAGUAUGCUGGGGAGUUGGGCUUCUGUUGGAUUUGAGAUUUGACGCGUUCAACUGCACAACAGGUCCUGCAAUUGGAGGAUUGCUGUGCCUUCCUUCACAGAAAUAUCCAGAUGUUUUCCCACCAAAUGCCAUCUUUGACCGAUUUCCGUUUGCAUUACCAUGCCUGGUGGUCGCAACUGUUACAACUACUGGGCUUGUUGUUUCCCUGUUCAUGCUUCCUGAAACACGACCUCGUGUCAAGUCGAGAAAUGAAGUGGAGCUGGGCGUCACAGACAGCUUUGAGUGUUCUGAAGUGGAACAUUAUUGCAAAAACAGUGACGAAUCUCCGUCUUCAGUUCUCGAUCUUACUGAUGAUGACAAAUUGGAGCUAGAAGUUGGCGUGGACUGCAGAAAGCAGCUGGACUUUGAGAAAGAGGCUUUGCUAGCAGGAAGUCCAAAGGGAGUCAUGGCGACUUCAAGUGGUGGAGGCAGCACAACUUUAAGUGAUGAGCUCUUUCGGGUUGACACAGUCUGCUCCGUAUUGAUCUAUGAUCUUUUGGGCCUCGUCUAUGUGGCUUAUGAUGAACUGUUCCCACUCUGGUGCUUAUCUCGUUGGGACCUUGGUGGUCUUAACCUGGGAUCAAAUGAAGUUGGACUCGCUCAAACAGCUGGAGGGGUGUCACUGAUUCCAUUCCAGCUUUUCGUUGAGGGUUGUUGGAACAGAUCGCACAAAGCUUCUAAUCGCCAUAAUGUCUGUCCAGAUGCUUCGAAGCGUAGCAUCCCUGUGCUCCUUCACAUCUGUUUUCAUUCUUAUUUCGAACAGCGUCAAGCGUUCUGA